CGUAACACAUAAUAAAAAUUGAAACGGAGGGUGUACUAUGUAUUACAAAAAAUACCAAAUAUUUUUUUAUGGGAGGAAACUCAGGAAAGGAGCACAAUUAUAUUUGAGGACAUUUGACCCAAUAACAGAUACCGGCCCAAUUAAAAUCCUCAGAACAUAUUCCCUCCCCCAUCUAAAUUUUUCGCUCAGCCCUUAAACCUCUCCUCUCCGCCGGCGUUCCCUCCCCUCUCCGCCGUUCUCUCAACUUUGAGUUCCAUUUACAGCCACCGCUUCUUCAUCUUAAAACCUUAUCUCGGAUCUCUUCUUUGAAGCAGCUGCAGAUUUGAGUAGGUUUCAAAAAUGAGGCCAUUGGAUGAGAAUGAGACCACCCAAGUGUUUGAAAAGCUCUAUAAAUUUGUGGGCAACAAUCUGAAGAACAUUGUGGAAAGCCCGUCUCACGAGGGUCCUGACCAGGCUCCAGGUCGGUACUGUUUCCGCCUUCAAAAGAAUCGAGUCUACUACGUGUCGGAGUCCAUUGUCAAGCGCGCCAUCAGCAUAAAGAAAGACAACCUCAUCUCUUUGGGGACCCAAAUUGGUAAAUUCACCAAAGGAGACAAGUUCCACCUCACCAUCCAGUCCCUCACCUUGCUGGCUGCACACGCCAAACACAAAGUGUGGCUGAAGCCCACGUCCGAGAUGAGCUUUCUGUACGGGAACAACGUGUUGAAAGGUGGGGUAGGUAGGAUAACAGAGAAUGUGGAGGUGAACGACGGGGUUGUGGUGUUCUCAAUGUCCGAUUUGCCCCUGGGAUUUGGGAUUGCUGCCAAGAGCACCCAAGAUUGUAAGAAGCUGGACCCUAAUGCUAAUGUGGUGUUGCACCAGGCUGAUAUCGGCGAGUACUUGCGGAUGGAAGAUGAGCUUUGAAACUUUGUGGGUUAGUCUUGCUUGUUUGGGGAUUCAAUUUUAUAUGCAUUAUUCCAGCUGGGAAAUGAUAUUUAUGGCCAUUAUAAGUGCUCUGUGCUGUGCUUGGUUGUUCUGUUUUUGGAGACUUUCUGUUUUUUGCAUUGGCGUUCCUUUUUUGGAGAGUAGAAUUGAUGUACUCCGUAGUACUUUUUUCCUGAUUAAAAUGCAUUAUGCCUGGUUGAGUUCACUUACCUUAUCAAUGAAAAAAAUGGUUUGUCAUAAAAAUGUGUAAUUUUG